GGACGUUAUUAGCUUAGCCAUCAACUUGGCGAGGGAGAGCGCAGCAGUAAAAGCGGUUGCGAGUCAUCUGGGUAGAGAAGCGAAUAAGGCCUGCUACAUGUUGGUGACUUGGAUGUCACUCAAGGAAGCAGGCGAAGAAGUGAAGUAUAAAGGCUACAAGGCAGUCAUUCCUGCGCAAAUGGCGCCCUCGGACGUCAUGCGGAUGGAGUUUCGGCCGGUUGCGGUGCAUCAGGCACCAGAGAGUGCGGGAGACUGCUUGGCGCUGCAGCAUUGGCAAGCGGCGUGCAGCAGCGGAACGGAGCACCUCUGAACGCCUCUGCAUCACCGUGAGGUGCUGACCCACGGGUCAUGAGACGUCGCCCUCAUGCGCAGAUGUGUGUGUGUGUGUGUGUGUGUGUGUGUGUGUGUGUGUGUGUGUGUGUGUGUGUGUGUGUGUGUGUGUGUGUGUGUGUGUGCAUGUAGUGCGCAGGUAGCGAGGCUCUACCUGUAUAUGUUGGUACAGAACAAGGGCUUUUCGUGCCUUGGACACGCCAACAUGCCAUAGGGCAGCCCCAAGAGGUCACCGAUAGCGGAAAACGUCCGGAGGCGCCCCAAAAUUUGAAUUUGAAGCACUUCGACGC